AUGGUAAGGUCUUCAUCCAGAUUGAGUUUCAACUUUUCGAUCAUUUCGACUAUCAAAGAUAGCUUCUCCGUCCAAGAACUGCUGGAUAGGCUAUCUCAGCUCCAGGAAGAGCUAUCAGGUCUGAAACAAGAAGAGGUUAAUUUGAAGAGCAUCGACAAGUACAGAACUGACCUCAUCAAUAAGAAGAUCCUGAAACACAAAGAUCAUGGGGUGAGAGCUUACGCGGCCUGCUGUCUGAGUGAUAUGCUGCGGCUUUAUGCUCCUGAUGCCCCGUACACAGACAAGGAGCUUUCAGAGAUAUUCCAGUUGUUCUUGGAGCAGUUCCGCCUUUUGCAAGAUCCAGAAAAUGGGUAUGUUUCGAUGCAAACAUAUCUUGUCACCAGCUUGUUGGAAUAUAGGUCAAUUGUACUGUUGACAGAUCUGCCCAAUUCAUCCCAACUCAUUACAGACUUAUUUGAGAUUUUUUAUUCUUCCAAGAACGAUGUCAUACCAGGAAAACUCUUUGCCAUCAUAGGCGGGCUUUUGGGAGAAGUCAUCUUGGAAUGUGACACAAUGCCCAUGCGUGCGCUGAAGCUGGUCUUCAAUAAGUUUUUAUCUCAAAAACACAAGGAAACCAUCAGUGGCCUCAGUGUGAAAAAAGAUCCGGGCUUCGAAUUCAGUCUUGCAAUUUGUCAAAACUACUCGAAUCGCUUGGGCCGGCACUUUAUCAAGUUCUACUCUGAGAUAAUAUAUGAAGUUCUCAACGACGACGAUGGUCAAGAAAAGACCAAAGCUUCCGCUGAGUACAAAACCUUGAUCAAGCUUGGAAGACUCACCUCUGAAUUAUGGAAAUAUGCACCUGACCUCGUAGGGUCUGUGACCGGCUUCAUUUACCAAUUGCUUUGCUCAGACCACGAGCUUUUCCGCGAGGCAGCAACAGGGUGUGUGGGAGAAAUGCUGAAAACUUCAUCGCUCAUCAACUUCGAUGUGACUCAUAACGACGUCUACAAAGUCUGGCUUAGUAAAAUGGCCGACAUCAGCCCUCAAGUUAGGCAAACCUGGGUUUCCCAGUUGGGUGGUAUUCUUUUGGAUCGAACGGAUUUGUCCGCUGAUAUGUCAAAGGGACUGGCCAAAGCUCUCAUAGACUCUGAUCAUUCUGUGCGCUUGUGUGCAGUACGAGUGCUUGAACAAAUUCCGAUAAAAAAGCUUUGGGAAUGUGUAUCCAACAUCUCGGUCUUUACAGGUCUUCUACAUCUAACCAGAGAGGUACGUGCAGAUAUAAGAGAGGUUAGCAUUGAUGUGGUAUCCAAAAUUUACGUUGAGUCCGUCGAACAGGUUCCAAGAACCGAGGAAAACAAAGACGUUUGGGAAAUAAUAGCGACAAUCCCAUCAGUCUUCUUCAACCUUUACUACAUCAACGACCUGGAUAUAAAUAUCAAAAUUGAUCAAAUUUUGUUCGAAAAGUUCUUACCCUUGGGUUUGGAACCGCGGAGUUUGGUUGACAGAAUUGUGGGUAUGAUGCGAAGCUUUGACAAAAAGGCCAUUGCUUCAUUCUAUGCCUUCAACAAGCGUCAGGAGCAGAUGUCUAUCGUCGUUAGUAAGCUCGUUACGUUUUGUGAGCAUAGUCACUCAAACGAACACCCUUCAGCUGAAUUAACGCAACCACUUUACGAAAAGAUAGUGGGCAUAGUGAGUCUAGGCUAUCCAGGAAAGUUUGAAGUUCGUGAAAUUUUCUCUGCUCUCAGCGAGCUUAACGACCGAAGACUGUAUCAUCUCAUGAAGGUGGCUGUAGAUGAGAUGUCCAAUCAUAACACAGUCAGAAAUGCGGUAACUGAGCUUUUAAAAAGAAUAGAGGAUCCUGAGCUGUUCCGAAGAAAGAAUGUCAGAAUAGAUUCUCGUUUCACAAGGGAAAGUUUCGCGACAGUGAUCAAAGUCUUGAUAUACAGAUCCGCCCCCAUAAUUUUCAACACUUCCAGUCUAUCAAUUCUACUCGACACGCCUGAUAAAGCUGACGAUGAAGAGAGCUCUCUGAGGCGCCAGCUUGUCGAUAGCAUUUCUAUCAUAAAGCCCAGAAUAUUCAAAGGUCAGGUGAAGCAUUUGAUGGAGAGCAUACUAUCACUGGAAGUCAAUCAGUCCGAAAAGACCUCUCUGUCCUUAAGCGAGGUGAUGAAGACACUUUACAAAGUUAGCAAAGGCAUGCCCGAAUGCAUCAACACCGCAAAGUCUAUUUUUCUGGAUAAGCUUGAAGAGCUGGCAAAAGGGGAUGCUAUUUUUGUAGCCAAGUAUGCGGUGAAGCUUCUGAGUCUUCUAGAAGAUCCGCUAGGCUAUUUCAUCAGAAUAAAGGAGACUAUUUUACCGCUGGAUUCGAAGUCCCAUAGCUUUACAGCUAAUCUGAUGGUAUUAUCGCAAAUCUUGAAGCGAAAAGCCGAGUUGCUCGAGAGCGAUUCUACUGAAAUUGUUAGUUUGCUUAUAAAAGAUGUUCUUCUGGCUAAUGAGAUGGUGGGUGACAAAGAGGGGCAGCAACACUGGAUCACUUUCAGUGAUAUGUGCAACGAAGAAUCCUUUCACCCCCUCGCCUCCAAAGUGCUGUCGCUCAAACUGUUCUCCAAUAAGUUGCGGGCACUUGCCCCGGAAGUUGAUGGCGAUGAAAUGGCGCAAGCGUUUACCGCACGAAUUCUGAAACUCUUCUUUUACCUGAUUGCCAGUGGAGGUGAGUUGGUGAUGGAAGACAGUGAGAACUACCCAACUCCGAACAACUACCAAAACCAAUUGAGGUGUACAGCUGGCCUACAGGUCCUUAAAUUAGCCAGAGUGCCACAACUGGGUACUUAUAUCAACCCUGACGACAUUUCCAGACUAGUCAACCUUGUGGAAGACGAAUCGAUAGAGGUCAGAAACCUAUUUAUUGGGAAAUUGAAGGAUUAUGUAGGAGAAGAGACUGUUUCAAUCAAGUAUCUUCCCCUGAUAUUUUUCACAGCGUAUGAGCCGGAUGCAGCUCUGAAAUCAAGUACCAGCAUGUGGAUAAAUUCCACUUUGAGCAAGGAAAGCUUCAGAAAAGGAACCUUUUUCGAGAGAGCAUUGCCCAGGCUUGUUCACUUGAUAGCUCACCACCCUGAUGUCGCGGAAGGGUUGGAAGGUAGUGGCGCGACUCUUCUCAGCAGCUUGAACACAGCAAUUGGUUAUUUGGUCUAUUACUUUCACAGUGUCGCUAAUGCUACCAAUUUGGCACUCCUCUACUACUUAGCCGGGAGGAUCAAGCAGUAUAGGGAUCGCGUUGGUGACGAACCUGAUGUUUCCAAAAGCAAGUCAAACGAGCAAAAUAGGGAAGUUAAGGAAUUUGAUCAGGGCAUCUAUGUGAUAUCUGAACUAGCUCAACUAGUUAUAGGCCAGCUCAAAGACUUCUGUCAAUGGAACCUUGCCUCAUAUCCUGGAAAGCUCAAUUUACCCUCAGAUUUGUUUGAGCCCUUUGAUACUAUCGAAGAUGCUCGAAAGAACGUUUUCGGUGCCUAUUUGAACUCGGAGGCACUUACUGAUCUCAAGAAAACUAUAAAUCUGAGAAUCUCGCGUUUGCAUAGGCGACCAGCAAUGCAGAAGCAGCGCACUGUUCAAGCCAUCAAGAGAUCUGUUCAUGAGGGAAAGGCUCCGUCUAAAAAGCGCAGUAUUGCUGUCAUGGGAGACCACAUGCAGGAUACAACCGGCGAAAUCAGUGAUGACGAUAACUACGUGCCUUCCAAGAGUUUGCAGACACCGAUAGAAGAUUAUAGGAAGAGCUCCCGACAGAGACGCGCUAUCGAUUAUGCUGAUCCGAGCAGUGACAACGACUAA